UUGAACUGCUGCUCUUGUCAACAGUAGUUGAUGAUCAGUCGCUCCUUUGAAAGCUCUGGACCCACACGGGCAGCGCUGUGCUUUCUGAGCCCUAAACGGAUGGCAUCUGUCGCUUCUCCCGUGGGGGAUUCACUCCAAUAAAAACACAGCAACAAGCUCUCGGUAACUGCGGACAUACAUGGGUGUUUCUCCGCGCGUGCAUUUCCACGCAUUUUCCUCCUCUGUCUGCUUGCACAGUUUCGGCAAGUGUUCGGAGCGGCGGCUUGUUUGUUUUUGGCGUUUUCAGACAACUUUGCGCGUCGAUACAGAGAUAACUUUUUAAUAUUUAUUUCAUCAUUCGGAUUUUUUUUUUGUGUGUGUGUGUGUGCGUCUGUUGGAUAUUUGCAGGAAUGGUUGGCAGGAGCGCCCCGCGCGCCCCUGCCUUUAGGAGACAACUUCAGACAGACGGCGCUCGUAUGAAUCUUUAAAAGAAUAAAGAGAUCCAAACAGAUGAGCAACCAUAGAGGCGGAGGGAUGGCAUCGAAGGAAAGGCUCUAUGAGCUGUGGAUGUUGUACUACACAAAGAAAGAUUUAAGCUACUUACAGCAGUGGCUUGAGGCAUUUGUGGCAUCCUUUGAGCGGCUCAUCGAUGUGCAAUCUCUGGAGCCCCGGAGGCUGGAGGAAAGCAGCUCAGAAGUGCCCCUGCUCCCCAGGGAGGUCCUGGUGUUCCUCAGCACCCAACUAUGGCACAGCGCGCUCCACCUCUCCAGCACCACUGAGCACAACGGGAGCACUCCUCACCCGCUGCUCCUCAUUAAGUUCUUUAUCAUUGUCUGCAGAAAUCUUGAGAACAUCGAUCCCGAAAAGACUCCCAGCUUUGUUUUUGAAACAAUCAAGCUUUUAAAUUUCUGUUUGGACCAGCUCAAGAAGGGAGAAGGGGAGAAGUCAUCCUUGGAGUCGGUUGUGCAGUAUGGACUAGUACUCUGUGAGAGUCUUUUUGACCCUUAUCAGACGUGGAGGAGGCGUCUGGCAGGGGAGGAGGUGAGCUUGCUGGAAAGAAACAAGUAUAAGUUCUCGCCGUUGGCCUUGCCAGAGGAGCUGCCUGCUCUGUUCCAUGAGAGUCUCCAGGACAGUGAAAACAUCCCAGAAUUCCUUACACUCAGACUGGUUCAUCUCCAAGGUGCUGUCAUCAGUGGAGGAAAGAAAAAUGGCCUCCUCUCCAUCAGCCCUCAGUCUGUCGAGGACCUGUUCUCUGUUUUACGGGUGUGGUGCUGCCGGAUCUCUGCUGAACCUAAAAGCACCAGGCUGCCGCGGUUGAUUCUGCAGUGCCUGACGGCGAUGAUCCACCUCCUCCAUUCCAGCAGCCCUGCCGAGCGGCAGGUGGAGAUCAAGACCAUACUAGAAAGCUACUUUCAACUGCUCAACUGGAACCGUCCACUCAGCAGCGACCAGGAAGACAGGCGGAGCUGGGAGGACAGCCUGAUAUUGCUUCAGAGCCAGAUGCUAACUGCUGUUCCUGAGAUCCUGCAGUGUGCUGACAGACCUGUCCUACAAGCCAUCUUCCUCAACAACAACUGCUUUGAGCACAUCCUCAGGCUGAUCCAGAACAGCAAGCUCUUUCAGAGCAGCAGGUGUAGGCCGGAGAGUGAGGUUGUGUGUGACCUCGCCACACAUUUACUCACAGAUGUCAAAGUGGACCAGGUGUUGGAAAAAGGAGCAGACAGCAUAACAGUCCAUGCCUUGGGGGUCCUUACAGCUAUAAUGAGCAACUCCCAAUCUGCUAAGGAGGUUUUCAAGGAGAGGAUUGGCUACUCCCAGCUGUUUGAUGUACUGAAAAGUCAAGGUCAACCCACCAAGCGACUGCUGCAGGAGCUGAUGAACAUGGCGGUGGAGGGCGAGCAUGCCCACGCUCAUCACCUUGGCAUUAGCAACGACCAGCCCUUGCUGCUGCUUCUGCAGUGGCUGCCUGACCUGGCGGGUCAGAGGGACCUCCAGCUGCUAGUAGCCCAGUGGCUGGCAGCUGUGUCCGGAGGCUCCCGGUCGUGCCGCACUGUGGCUGUGGAAGCUGGGAUGGUGGGGGCUUUGCUGCAGGUGCUCUCCCAGCCCCAAAGUCUGGACAGACAGUGUGCAGACGCCCUGCUUGGCCUCCUGCAGGAUCUGGGUUCCUUGUGUCUCAGACCAGAGGAGAUGAAGAGCCUACUAAGACUUCUCAGGACUGAUCAGGACAAUGCUGCAGUGGGAGGGAGGAUGCACCCUUAUUGCAUCCGAAUGAUAUGUGUGAUUUCAGCCAUGGCGGCCAGAGAGGGCCGGGAUAGUGCGCUGCAAUAUUUUGAUCUCACGCCCCCUAUGGCAGGUAUUAUGGUCCCGACGGUCCAACGCUGGCCAGGCAGCGGGUUUGCAUUUCAUGCCUGGCUCUGCCUCAACAUGGACUUCCCACCUUAUCACACAGAGUUUUUUAAUAACAACAAACAUCCCGCCAACACUGACAAGGGACCUCAGUAUGAAAUGGGAAAGGGGCCACGCAGAAAGCAACUCUACAGUUUUUUCACAGCAAGUGGAACCGGCCUAGAAGCGUUUUUUACCAUGGAGGGUGUCCUGGUAGUAGCUGUUUGCACUAAGAAAGACUACAUGGCCGUUGCUGUUCCUGAAUACCCACUAGUUGACUCAUGUUGGCAUUCGGUGGCUAUAGUGCAUAUCCCAGGUCGUCGUCCUUUCGGACAGAACCUGGUAACAGUCUACAUCGAUGGAGAGCAACAGAAAACUGCACAGCUUCGUUUCCCAUCUUUCAAUGAGCCGUUUAUCUACUGCGGCAUCGGCUCCGCAGGCCACCGCACCACUACCACCACCACGUCUCCAAACCUUCCCUCAUCUUUCACCUCCUGCCCGUCACCAGAGUUUGCCUUCCCAUCCCAUGCUCCUUCCCUCCUUCGAUCCCAGUCCUUCCCAGCAUCCUUUGCAGGCGGCCGAUGGGGGCCUACGGCGGACUCCCCGGUGCACACCAUCUCAGCAGGACUGCAGGACACAGAGUGGGGAUCGCCAACCUCUCUAGAUGGGCUGCUGGGCACCGCCUUCAUCUGCCAUGAGGCUCUGCAGCCUGCCCAGGCUCGCGCUCUGCACGCUGCAGGCCCUAAUCACGUGCCCUUAUUCAAAGCGGACGGAGAGUUAUCUGAACUCAACAGCAAGCUGGUGCUGUACUACACUCCACAGGCUUUCAAGAGUCAGAUAUGUCUGGAUCUGGCACCUCAUCACCAGCAUGAUGGUAGACUAACAGGACACAGAGUGGUCAGCUGGGACACCAAGGAUGUUUUGAAUGUGGUAGGGGGAAUGGGGGUUUUGUUGCCCCUGCUAGAGCAGGUGUGUGAGGCGGAGCAGGUGUGCAAUGGUGGUCAGGAGACUUCAGACCUGCUGGGACCAGAGAUCACCUCCUCUAGAGGCCCGGCCGCCAUGCUGCUGCCUCUUAAUAAAUCUGCAGAAGGCAGACUUGAAAGAAACAGCAUUGCUGCCUUCCUGCUGAUGGUGAAAAACCUGAUUCGUCACCACCCUGUCAAUCAGGAGAGUCUGCUGCAGUGCCAUGGGCCCAGCAUCAUCGGUGCCAUGCUCAGCAAAGUUCCAGGCACUAUGAUGGACAUGAACGUUCUCUUGGCAUGCCAGCUUCUCCUGGAGCAGGUUUUCAACGAGGGAAACAGCCAGCUCCUGCAGCAGCUCUACCAACAUCUGUUAUUUAACUUCCGCAUCUGGACAAAAAGCCAUUUUGCUGUUUGUUUAGCCCAUGUGCAAUAUCUGUCAUCUGUGAUAAACAAGAGCAAGCAGCGUAUGAAGAGAAAGUAUGGGGUGCAAUACAUUCUGGACACUAUUCGGACAUACUACAGUGUGGAGCAGGAUGGCAGCCCUCUCUCUGAUGAGAAACAGACGAUUCAGACGGCCCUCUUCUCGCUGCUGAAAGAUUUCCUCAAGUCUCCGACACAAGAGGAGCUGCACAGCGUGCUCGCCUACAUCCUGACAGUCGGAGAGGAGCAGCAGGUGGUGAAGGCGCUGGAUGUGCUGUAUGAGCUCCUAAGGAGCAGCCCGCCUCGGGAGCAGGUGCAGACUGUGCUCCUGGAGUGGGGCGUGGAGCAGCUGUAUAGCCUCCUGCUCACCCAGAGCUUUGGAGAUGAGGCCAGAGAGAGGGUGUUCAGGGUUUUGUACAAAAUUCUGAAAAGUGAGAAAGUGUCGGAGCGUAACAAGCAACGAAUCAAGCUAAAGGAUUUUGGUUAUCUCGGAAUGGUUUGCUUUCUGGAAGAUAUUCCUGUGACCAUGACAACCGUCCGCUGUUUGUACGAGCAGGUCCUCGCCACAGAUGCCAGUCCUAAUUUUAGAGACCUCCUUGCUGUGGUCUGUCUGUCCCAUCGGGCUGAACUAACCGUCCGAUUGGACGUUUGCCGCAAGCUCUUUCAUCUGAUCUACUCCAACGAGGAUUAUGUGAAGCAACUCGCCAAACAGCCCGGCUGGCAGGACGUUCUGACCAAACUCUAUGUGAAGGAGUCCUACGAAGCUCAUGUUGGGAGCAUCACAGAUUCUGAUAACCACAGCGGCUUUGCACCCAGCUUUCGGCCCCCACUGCGCAGAGACCAGUCCGUGGUGGAGGACUCCCGCACCGACAUCUACUUAAACUACCGUAACUCCCAGGACAUUGAGGACGAGGAGGAGGACGAAUGUGGUCACCGGGACAUCUCUGAGGGCUUCUCUGAUUUAUCCCAGUCGCCUCCUAGUGGAGACAGAGGACCGCUGAAGAACUAUGAUGGCGGCCUUCAUUUUAAGUCGUUUGAUUCUGUGGAUCAGGGGAGCCACUCGUCCUCCACCUCCAAUCCGGUUGACAUUUCAUCAACUCGACCAGAUGACGAAGGAAGGGACUACCAGCCGCUCUCUCCGUUUGGCACAUCUCCCUUUGAUUUGGAGUUGGGAGGCAUGGGGGACACCGGCAGCCACACCCCUGCAGGCAGUUUGACCAACACGCCGUCUCCUCUGGAACACUCAAAGCCAUUUCCACCACUAAGGCCGAGGAAGAGCUCCAGUUUGUCAAACGUGCUGGAUGACACCAGCUAUGGGACAGACCCUCCAACUGGAGACACCAUCUCCAACACGUCCAACCCUCAGCAGACCCCCGAGGAGGAGCUGUGCAACCUGCUAACCAACAUCGUCUUCUCCGUACUGUGGAGUGGCAGUGGGGCUGAGGGGGCAGAAGACGUGGUGUGGAGGGAGAGGGGGCAGGUGUUUUCUGUCCUCACCAAACUGGGCUCCUCCUGCCAACUGGUUCGUCCUCCUGAUGAGAUAAAACGCAGUCUUUUGGAAAUGAUGCUGGAGUCCUCCCUGUCAGACCUGAGGGAUGCACAGGGCGUGUCUCUGCCCUUCUGUCCCAGUCUGGUGCGGCUCCUCAGGCUGCUGCAGGACUUCCUGUUUGCUGAGGGCACAGACAACAGAACCCUGUGGAGUGAGAAGAUCUUCGAAGGGGUGGUGAACCUGCUGGACAGGUUACAGGCCUGGCACAGCACCCCCGGCAGCCCUGGAAACACUGAACUGAAGGAGAUGGCCCAGAUUGGCCUGCGUAUCAUUCUGGGAUACAUCCAACAGCAGAACUCACAGGUGUGUGAGAUGGCCUAUUUGAAGCUUCACAGUCUCCUCCAGACAGUUCUCUGUCUGAGCUGGGAGGAGGUCUGCUUCCUGCUGGGAAAGCUUGGCGCCCCCUUGUGGCCGGAUGGUAUAAUGGAUGACACAAACAGCAGUCAUUCAGAGACCUUCUCCCAGUUGGUACCCAUUAUGAGGACUCUGCUGGAUCAACACGCAGACCCCAUUACCCUCCAGAACCACUUGCCCAACCUGCCCAUCACCAACGGCAGCACCACGUUCGCCGAGGACCUGAAGGUUUACUGUAACGCGCUGGAGUGGCAGAGCUUUUACCAGCAGAAGGUUCAGCCCACCAUGGAGCAGUACGAGUUGGACACGUUUGGACGGAGUCAUGACAUCAUGUCCAAUUUCUGGAACUCCUGCUUUGAUGAUCUGAUGAGCACUGCGUUUAAACGAGACAAAGACAGGUCUGACAGCAAGUCCAAGUUUCAGGAGGUGAUUGUGGACCCCUACAUGAAGCGAGUACGCAGUGAGAACAACCGGUACACUAUUUGGCAGAAGCAGAACUCCAGCCAGCUGGGCAUGGUGUGGCAGCACUGGAGAGCGCUCCGCCGGCUCUUCACCUGUGAGAGGGGAGCCUGGGCUAACGGAGUUCAGCCAGAGGUGAAGUGGAAAUUGUCCGGCGCUGAAACUUAUUCAAAGAUGCGACUCAAACUUGUGCCCAAUUAUAGCUAUGAUCCACACUGUGAAGCCAGCGCCUUGAGGGAUAACAUGGGAGCUGAAAGUCCCCGCAGCUCUGAACCACUCCCACUGGCUGUUGCUAAGGAAGCCAAAGUUAGCGACAUGGAGGACGAUCAUUUGGAAGAUGAGGACCUAGUCUUUUCAGAUAACAAAGGGGAAGGAGAGGAUGAGAGUCAGAAAGAAAAGCUGGUUCUGUCAGAAGACUGUGAGCUCAUCACCAUUGUGGCCGUGGUUCCAGGUCGGCUGGAGGUCACCACGCAUCAUCUCUACUUCUAUGACGGCAGCAGUGAUAAAGAGGAAACCGAAGAGGGAAUUGGGUUUGAUUUCAAGAGACCUCUGUCUCAGCUUCGGGAGGUCCAUCUGAGGAGGUACAACCUGCGGCGAUCUGCGCUUGAGCUUUUCUUCAUCGACCAAGCUCAUUACUUCAUCAACUUCAGAAAGAAGGUGCGAAACAAGGUGUACUCAAGGAUUCUGGGUCUGCGACCUCCAAACCUGUUUUAUUUCGGCUCCCGUUCCCCUCAAGAGCUGCUGAAAGCAUCAGGCCUUACUCAGAAAUGGGUGUACAGAGAAAUCUCAAACUUUGAGUACCUAAUGCAGCUGAACACCAUCGCUGGGCGGACUUACAACGACCUGUCCCAGUACCCUGUGUUCCCCUGGGUUUUGUGUGACUACACUUCUCCUGUUCUGGAUCUGGAGGACCCCUCGGUUUUCAGAGAUUUAUCCAAGCCUAUAGGUGUGGUCAACCCACGUCAUGCACAGAACGUCAAAGAAAAGUACGAGAGCUUUGAAGACCCGACAGGCACCAUCGACAAAUUCCACUAUGGGACACACUACUCUAAUGCAGCAGGAGUCAUGCACUACAUGAUCCGGAUGGAGCCGUUCACCACCCUGCAUAUCCAGCUGCAGAGUGGCAGGUUUGACGUCGCAGACAGACAGUUCCACUCAGUGGCGGCAGCUUGGCAAACUCGCAUGGAGAGCCCGGCUGAUGUCAAAGAGCUCAUCCCUGAGUUCUUUUACUUCCCAGAGUUCCUGCAGAACAUGAACGGCUUCGACCUGGGUCGCUUGCAGAUGUCUCAGGACCUGGUUACAGAUGUUGUGCUCCCUCGCUGGGCAACAUCAAGGGAAGACUUUAUCAGGAAACACCGGAAAGCUCUGGAGUCCGAGUACGUGUCCUCCCACCUCCAUGAAUGGAUCGACCUCAUCUUUGGAUGCAAACAGAGAGGAGAGGAGGCAGUGAAAGCUCUCAAUGUAUUCUACUACUGCACUUAUGAGGGUGCUGUGGAUCUGGAUGCAAUUGCCAAUGAGACUGAGCGAAAAGCAUUGGAAGGCAUCAUCAGCAACUUUGGACAGACUCCCUGUCAGCUUCUUAAGGAGCCUCACCCUCCCAGAAUGACAGCCCAGAACGCAUCCCGGCGGCAGGCCCGCCUGGACACUCUACCUGCAAACAUCUUCGAGCAUCUUGGCAAACUCAGACCAUUUGUGGAGGUUGUCAGUGAUGGGCUUCCUCUGGUUCAAGCACUGGUGCCAAAGAACCAGAAUCACUCCAUCAUGCAUGGCUCAGAUACACUGGUUACUGUAAGCUCUAGUGGUUUGAUUGGGACUCACAGCUGGCUUCCAUAUGACAAAAACAUCACAAACUACUUCACCUUCACUAAAGACCCCACCAUGACCAAUCCCAAGACUCAGCGUUUCCUGGCAGGACCUUUCUCACCUGGAGUGGAGCUCAGCGCCCAGGUGCUGGUGGUGUCCAACGACGGCCGUCUGCUGUUCAGCGGCGGACACUGGGACUGCAGCCUCCGCGUCACUCAGCUGGGGAAAGGAAAGCUGGUGGGCAGGAUCUGCCGACACAUUGAUGUCGUAACCUGCUUGGCUCUGGAUCUGUGUGGCAUCUACCUCAUCUCUGGUUCAAGGGACACCUCCUGUAUAGUGUGGCAGGUUUUACAACAGGGCGGAUUCUCCAGCGGCCUGUCUCCUCGGCCAGUGCAGAUCCUCAGUGGACACGACCAGGAGGUGACCUGUGUGGCCAUCAGCACUGAACUGGACUUGGCUGUAUCUGGGUCAAAGGAUGGUACAGUGAUUGUGCACACGAUCCGACGGGGCCAGUUCCUGAGGUCACUGCGGCCCACCGGCGAAGGCAACGUACGUGCUCCGAUCGCUGCCCUCCAGGUGGGGAUGGAGGGCCACAUCGUGGUGCAGACGUCUCAGGAGGAGAGAGCUAACUGGAAGGGCAAGCACUCCAUCCAUGUUUACUCUGUGAACGGCUGUCUGCUGUCCUCUUUCACCAUGGAGGAGCAGAUGACUGCACUUCACCUGGUGUCUGAAUAUGUGAUCGUGGGAACCCUGCAGGGCGGCCUCCACAUCCGGGAUUUAUUCAGCCUGGAUUCCCUGACAACACCCCUGGCCUUGAGGGUUCCUGUGAGGAGUGUGUCUGUCACUAAGGAGUUCAGCCACAUACUAGUGGGCCUGGAGGACGGGAAGUUAAUAGUGGUGGGGGCAGGGAAGCCUGAAGAGGUUCGCUCAGGACAGUUCUCCCGUCGCCUUUGGGGCUCCACGCGCCGAAUCUCUCAGGUGUCAUCGGGUGAAACUGAGUACAAUCCUGCUGAAAACACCACGAAAUGAGAGGACCAGCGAUAUUUGGACUCGAUAAAUGCCUUAAAGAAAAAAAAAAAUGGGGAAACUUUAUUCAUAAGCCUCUGAUAUCUCUCUGGGAGAGAAAUUAUACACUGAGCACUUUUACGAAAAUAAAUCCUAAAUGUUUUUUUUAUAUUUUGUUUCAGAUUUCUUUAGAAGGUGUGCAGUUUUUAAUCAGCAUCAAUCCAAAGAGUCAUCUUGUUUCUCUUAUUUCUGGCGGAAGAGCAUGGUGAUGGGAGUAUCUUUGGGCUGUAAACUCAUGAUGGACUGCAUGAACUCAAGUCACAUUUCCGACAAAUGACUCAGUCCGUCCCCAUCCUAAACACCAAGCACAACUCCUUGGUGCUGUCAGAGUCAUAGAUGGGAUCUCGGCACUCGUAAAAAAACAAACAAAAAAAAACUCCUAAAGCCAUUGAAUGGCAACGGGAUCUUCUUAAAACUCCUGGAAACUUGAAAGACGCAAAAAAAAAAAGAAGAAAAAAAGAUUUUUCCUGCUGCAAUACUGGGGAACUCCACAAGAGGGCGAAACUUGUACAGAGAGUUUAGGAGAUGGGUGGAAGAAGCUUGUGCUGUGUUGUGGGUUUAACAGAUGUAUGGACUUGCAGUUUAUGGGUCUGCAUUCCUUUUAAGGCUCAGAGAAAUUAAAAACUGUUACAAUUAAAGCAGCCCUGCUUUGAUAGUCAAGUAUGUGAAAUGUAUUCACUGUUUUAAAAAUGAGCUUACAUGUGAUGAACCUCAGAGGAAGCCUUCUGUUGCCUUACACCAACAAACGACCUUUAUGAACAGCUUAAUUUAAUUGUUUGGUUUUUUUUUGCUUCUUUCCACAUUCCUAUAUCCUUGUUUGAUUUUUAUCAGAUAAGUGCCUAAUUUUCCCUCCACUCCUGGGCCUUGUAAUAAACACUGAAUAUUAAUUGAUGGUUUUACUGUAAAAUGUGACACUUUACUGCUCCUUUGUGACCUGGAUGUGAUGGAGAUGUUCUGAAGGAAAACCAUCAGUAAACUAUCAUCUGUUUGAUCUA